AUGUGCUACGCGACUUGCGGGCCCGUGGCCCCUGCCCCGGCGUCGAACCCACCUGCGGACGCCUUUGUGGAUGACGUGGACGCGUUCGCCUGGCUGGAUGCGUUGGACGACGACCUGGGGCUGGUGGGCCCUUCCGCGGACGAGUCCGCCGAGAGUUCCCAGAUAAAGAUGGAGGGUUCGGGCGCCUCGGUGGCCCAGCAGCAGCAGCAGCAGCAGGUCAUGGGCGCCUCGCAGCAGGCAGUUCACCAGCAGGCCGUGUCUUGGCCGAUGGCAAUGGCGAUGGCGCCGUUCCCGCCGAUGUACGCAGCGCCCUGGAUGGGCAUGGCAGGCGCGAUGAUGGCGCCCCCGCAGAUGGUGGCGCCGCCCCCGAUGCCGGCGCCCCAGGUCAUGGCGCCGCCGCAGGCGGCGCCCGCCGUCGUCGCGCCCAAGGUUGCGGCGCCGCCGCCACCGGCGCCCAAGCCCGCGGUGUAUGCGCCGCCGACGCCCGCGCCCCAGGCGCCCGCGUCGUCCUCUGAUGUCAGCCUGGGGGAGCCUGCACCGCCCAUGAGCAAGGCGCGCAAGUCCCAGGCAGAGAUGGACGAGGCGAUCGAGCGGAUCAAGCAGAAGCGGCGCGAGUCGGCGCAGCGCAGCCGCAACCGCCGCGCGGCCUACAUGAAGCAGCUCGAGAACGAGAACAAGGCGCUGCGCGACGAGGUGUCGCGCCUGCGCGCCGCGCUCGGCGGCGCGGGCCUGCAGGCGCCCUUCAAGCUGCAGGCCGGCCCCGCCGCGGCAGCGGCGCUCGCCGGCUCAUCAUGA